AGAUUUCAGUUUUUUCGUCCUCGCCACUCAAAGUAUGGAUGGGUUAAUUAAGUUUUCUUCAUUGCGAAGGCUGGGAUUUGUGAAGGGAUGGGUUGAAAGUAGGGAUGGUUUAAUUCUCCCUGCCGUGUCGAUUGUUCAAGACUAGCUGAAAUCUGCUUAUCAUUAUUUUCUGCAAUUAAGUGGCUUUUGAAUGCGCUUUAGUUUUUUCUAGAGAGAAUUGACGGUGGUGGUGCAUCACAUUUCUGAAUUGGAAGAAGGAUUUCAAGGCAAAAGGCAGACAAAUGGAGCAGCAAAUUGCAGCUCUACGGCAAGCAUUAUCUGCAACAAAGCUCAUUAAGGAGGAUAAUGUUCCUUGCAAGAUUGAAGAGGGUCUCUAUUUGGGUUCCCUUGGAGCUGCAAAUGAUAAAACUAGAUUGAAAAGCUUGAACAUUACACAUAUUUUGACAGUUGCCCGUGCACUGGCACCCGCUCAUCCAAAUGAUUUUACCUACAAGGUUAUUGCUGUGCUGGACCGAGAAGAUGUAGAAAUUUCACAGUACUUCGAUGAAUGCUUUAAUUUCAUUGAAGAGGGCAAAAGAGUAGGCGGUGUUUUGGUUCAUUGCUAUAUGGGAAGAUCCAGAAGUGUGACGGUUGUUGUUUCUUAUCUGAUGAAAAAGCAUGGUAUGGGCAUGUCUGAAGCGCUGGAACUUGUGAAAAGUAAAAGGCCAUUGGCUUGUCCUAAUGCUGGUUUUAUGUUGGUGCUACAGAACUAUGAAAAAAUUCUUAUAGAGCUCGGUCGAAAUAUGAGGGGAAGAAGCUAUAGUUACAGUCCUUCACCACCACGGGGCUAUAGCAGGAGAUACAGAAGUCCAAGCUAAAGAGGUCACCGUGGAGGGCGAUUUAGGGAACCUCCUACCAGUCUCUUGGUCCGCAAGCUGCCCCAUGAUUGCAGGUCUGAUCUUUCUGCAAUCUCUUUCCUCCAAGAUCAUGUUUCAUAGCAUUGAAGUGCAUGGUUUUGAGUAAAUAAAUGCAUAUAUAGGAUAUGUAGGAUUUACAGGUUUAUUGGCUGACAUACAGAUUUCUAUAAGCGUCUGCAUUUGUCUCAUUUAUGAUAACAUUUAGUUAUAUACUUCUGGUUAUACUCAAUUUGUGUGAUGAUGAGCUUUACUUCCACCAUGUGUAUUGCAAGCAUAAUUCAUUUCCAUAAAUACCUUAGAACGAAGCCAAAUAGUUGGAUAUCAA